UUAACCGUAAGGAUCUGGUUAAAGGUUAGUGCACUAGCAGUAGGGUGCCAUUUGGAACGUCGAAACGUCUGACUAAGCACAACUCGAGUCACAUGUCGCGGCUGUGGGCUGGUCUUGAGACGACUUGACGGCGCUUUCCGCCCGCUGAGAGGACGGUGUGAAGUUUGAGAAGACACCGAGGACCGGGGCACGGCGACCGCAACCGCCAUGGCGAGCAGAGAGAGUGGCGGAGAGAGCCUACAAUCGUGGCUGAGUAAGUUCAAUGACACGGGAAUUAGUUUUUUUUUUUCUUUCUGCGAGUUAGUUAAAUGUAUUUCCUUGUAGUAGUGCAGUGAUAUUUUGUCGGUUGACAAUAACUUGUCUUGUGGUUCACAUUUGGAAAUUGUGCGUCUUGAAGUUGUGCGUCACUGAAAGUCGAACCUUGCUGUGGUAACGCCAGUUUAUUAAACAGGCUUUAUAUCACGCAUUUGCAUGAGUUCUUGUAAAAAUGUCGAGGAGUAUUUUCAGCUACUGUAACUAGUUGAAACUGUCUCUCUCGGCUUGCCUUGGUGUCGCGUUGCAUUGAAGUGGCCUUUUAAAUCCCAGGGUUUAUUUGUAGCCAAUUCCGCAAAGGGAAUUACAGAAUAAAAAGUUACUAAGUUUGAUUGUGGAGGGAAGUUUUGUAAUGUAUUAUCAAGAUGCUCUUUUAAACGCAACACAAUAGCUCUGAAAGAACAGGAAGUAUGAGAAAGGCUACAUCUUGUCAGUCAGUCAUGCGCUCAUGCAGAUAAACAAAAAAAAAAAUUCUCCUUCCCUUGACUAACGGACACCCCAGUUGUGGAAAAAGUACCCAAAAUAUCAUACUUGAGUAAAAGUAAAGAUACCUUAAUAGAAAAUGACUUAAGUAAAAGUGAAAGUCACCCAGUCAAAUCCUACAUGAGUAAAAUUAUUUGGUUUUAAAUAUACUUAAGUAUCAAAAGUAAAAGUAUAAAUAAUUUAAAUUCCUUAUAUUAAGCAAACCAGAGCCAGGGGCACGAUCCAACACACAGACAUCAUUUACAGACGAAGCAUGUGUUUAGUGAGUCCGCCAGAUCAGAAGCAGUAGGGAUGACCAGGGAUGUUUUCUUGAUAAGUGUGUAAAUUAGACUUAUUUUCCUGUCCUGCUAAGCAUUAAAAAAUGUAACGAGUACUUUUGGGUGUCAGGGAAAAUGUAUGGAGUAAAAAAGUACAUAAUUUCCUUUUUAGGUAUGUAGUGAAGUAAAAUUUGUCAAACAUAUAAAUAGUAAAGUAACCAGAUACCCCAAAAAACUACUUAAGUAGUAGUACUUUAAAGUAUUUUUACCUAAGUUCUUUACACCACUGCCUACCUACCACAAGACACCAAGGCACACAGUCUGCGGCUUCUCGGUGGGCUUUCGCUUCUAGUUCAAUAGACACUGUGACGCCACUUCAAAGUGACAACGUCCUCGUUGUAGAAUACACACUCGCAGGGACCUUCCUUAGAUCAGAAGUGCAAACGUUUCUCAUAUGGAAGCCUGUUGAAAGUGUUAAUUUUUUAUUUUUUAUAUAUAUAUUUGUUUAUAUUUCUAUCCCAGGCAAGGUCACAGAUCCAUCUAACGCAAAGCUAGGCUGAUUGAUCGAUUUGAUAAUGUAUCUAUUGAUUAUCUCUGAUCUAUCUAUCUAUCUAUCUCAGACAAGGCCACAGACCCGUCUAACCCAGAAGACAGGUGGGACUGUAUCCAGGGCUUCUAUGAGCAGGUCAACCAGGAGGCUGAUGGGUGAGGAGACACUAUGGCUGUGUGUCCCUUCCUUAUAUAGUGCACUAGGGCCCAUAGGUCUCUGGUCCAAAGUAGUGCACUAUAUAGGGAAUAGGGUACCGUUUGGGACGCCCCUUGGACACAGCAGAGGCUAGACAAGAUAUUUCACAUUUCAAAUAUUUUCUUUUUUUCUUUUUUUACAGGGAUAAGAAAUGUUUCCUUCCAAUACAACAAAGUUGUGUUCAUAUUAGUUUGUAAUCUAGAUUACACUAUCAUUCUGAGGAACAACUUGUGUGUUGUGUGGGACAUCACUGAAAACCACUUCUCCCUUUUCUGUAAUGUUAUCUCCCAAGAGAAAUAGAUAACCAUUUUAUAGCAGUAGGUCAAAGUGAUUCUAAAUGCCCUCUGAUUGUUUUUACCAGAUACCUUUUUUGGUUGUUUUAUAAUGUAGUAUUAGAUUUUAAAACACUGGUAGUUUAAUGAUAGAAUUUUAAAGCCACUCUCCUAUUCCCAGUCCUCAGGUUGCCACUCGUCUCCUGGCCCACAAGAUCCAGUCUCCUCAGCAGAGAGAGGCUCUACAGGCCCUCACCGUAAGACAACAACACACCAUCAUUUAUUAUACUACAGUAAUAACUAUAUAUGAUACUGGGGGCGGCAGGUAGCUUAGUGGUUAAGAGCGUAGUGCCAGUAACCGAAAGGUCGCUGGUUCUAAUCCCCGAGCCGACUAGGUGAAAAAUCUGUCGAUGUGCCCUUGAGCAAGGCACUUAACCCUAAUUGCUCCUGUAAGUCGCUCUGGAUAAGAGCGAGAGAGAGAGAGAGAGGCGCUUGAAGAAGAGGGUUCAAACUCAUUUUAAUGGAGAAUGACUGACUGCGACUUUAACUUACUCCCAUGUAGCGCGGCAGCAGUACGGUCACACUCCAGUCUACCCACGGGGCUGUCUGUCAAUGGUGCGGCCCAACUGGCACUCUAUUCCCUAUACAGUGAGUGGACAAAACAUUAAGAACACCUCCUCUUUCCAUCACAUAGAACUGACCAGGUGAAUCCAGGUGAAAAUCCAGACAUGAUCCCUUAUUGAUGUCACUUGUUAAAUCCACUUCAGUCAGAGUAGACGAAAGGGGAGGAGACAGGUUAAAACCCUUAGCCUACAAUCUCCCAUCAAUAUCCGUCUGUUUUAAGCUAGAGAUAUCAGCUUUUUUGAAUGGGCUGCUUCUCAAUCCACCGCAUCCGCCGAUAUCGCCUUUCCGCAUCUGCGGAAUGGGCCUGAUUCUCACAAAAACCUAUGUAGCGUCCGAAUGGUUUGGCCUACAAUGUAUUAUGACCACUCUAUUGAAAGAUGAGACGCUCACGAUGGCGUUCUCCAUUUUGCUCUAGGACGCCCACAAGACUCACAAGACUUGUUUUAAGGUCCCUGGUACCAGUUUUUAAAAAAACGAAUGGAAGUAUAUAUGGAGAUAGUUUAGUGCCUAAAAUAAGGGGAUAAAUACAUGUAAAAAAAAUAUAUAUAUAAUUGUUUCUUGUCUUUUUUAAAUCUCUCAGAUAUAGUACAGACACUUCAGAACAAACUUCCUUUAGAUUUUUUUAUUUUUACUAUCUGUUGUUCCAUGUAGUGAAUCUGUUAUUCAAUGCGUUUGAAUGGGUUAAUAGCAGUAAGGACAUAUUCAAAGUUUAUAUAUAUAUAUAUAUAUAUUUUGAUACCUUAAGGGUUCUUAAAAUUCCAAAUCAAUUAGCUAAAUGAUCCUUGGUAUGACCAUCAUAAAACGAUUCCAUUUGUUAGCUUAUGUAAGAGACCAGGAAGUACACGUUUUAGAGCCGACUGUUCCAGUAGUUUCAUUCAGUUCCAUUCACUGGGAGGAAAAUAUGUUCCAUUUGGGCUCCCAGACAGUGUAGAUACACUUCCUAUAGAUUUCUGACAUCACCGUCUUCCACAGGUUCUAGAAGCCUGCAUGAACAACUGUGGCAAGAGGUUCCACAGUGAGGCGGCAAAGUUCCGCUUCCUCAAUGAACUCAUCAAAGUUCUGUCUCCAAAGGUAUGAGGAACGUUUUCUGUGUGCAUCCCAAAUGGAAGCCUAUUCCCUAUAUAAUGCACUACCAGGGCCCAUAUGUCCCAAAUGGCACCCUAUAUUCCCUGGUCAAAAGUAGUGCACUAGAAAGGAAAUAGGGUGCCAUUUGGGACUUAAGACUCUGUUAGGUUUCUGUGCAACAGUAACAGGAAGGAGUGAUUGUAUUAAGGGAUUGUAUCAGUCUCUCCCAUGAAUCCAGUCAUGUUAUUUAUUAAGGGGAGUUGUGUUAUCAGUCUCUCCAGUGUAAUCCAGUCAGUUAUUGUAUUAAAGGGAGUUGUGUUAUCAGUCUCUCCCAGUGUAAUCCAGUCAGUAUUGUAUUAAGGGGAGUUGUGUUAUCAGUCUCUCCAGUAGAAUCCGUCAGUUAUUUAUUAAAGAGGUAGUUGUGUUAUCAGUCUCUCCACAGUGUAAUCCAGUCAGGUAUUGUAAUUAAAAGGGGAGUUGUGUGUUUAUCAGUCUCUUCCCAGUGUAAUCCAGUCAGUUUUUGUAUUAAAGGGGAGUUGUGGUAUCAGUCUCUCCCAGUGAAUCCAGUCAGUUAUUCUAUUAAAGGGGAGUUGUGUUAUCAGUCUCUCCAGUGUAAUCCAGUCAGUUAUUGUAUUAAAGGGGAGUUGUGUUAUCAGUCUCUCCCAGUGUAAUCCAGUCAGUUAUUGUAUGAAAGGGGAGUUGUGUUAUCAGUCUCUCCAGUGUAAUCCAGUCAGUUAUUGUAUUAAAGGGGAGUUGUGUUAUCAGUCUCUCCCAGUGUAAUCCAGUCAGUUAUUGUAUUAAAGGGGAGUUGUGUUAUCAGUCUCUCCCAGUGUAAUCCAGUCAGUUAUUGUAUUAAAGGGAGUUGUGUUAUCAGUCUCUCCCAGUGUAAUCCAGUCAGUUAUUGUAUUAAAGGGGAGUUGUGUUAUCAGUCUCUCCAGUGUAAUCCAGUCAGUUAUUGUAUUAAAGGGGAGUUGUGUUAUCAGUCUCUCCCAGUGUAAUCCAGUCAGUUAUUGUAUUAAAGGGGAGUUGUGUUAUCAGUCUCUCCCAGUGUAAUCCAGUCAGUUAUUGUAUUAAAGGGGAGUUGUGUUAUCAGUCUCUCCCAGUGUAAUCCAGUCAGUUAUUGUAUUAAAGGGGAGUUGUGUUAUCAGUCUCUCCCAGUGUAAUCCAGUCAGUUAUUCUAUGUAAGAACAUUAAUCAUCAUUUAGAGUGUGAUAGAGACUGAUGAAUGAUCAAAGGCCUUUUAAUGGGGGUUGUCUAUCUGUCUGAGAUAACAGUUGAUUCAUUCACUCACUCAUCCAUCCAUCCAUCCAUCUGCAUUGUGCUUCUGCAUUGCUUGCUCUUUGGGGUUUAGGCUGGGUUACUGUAUAGCACUUUGUGACUGCUGCUGAAGUAAAAAGGGCUUUAGGAAAUACAUGUGAUUGAUUGUAUUGAUUGAUCUGCAGUUCCUGGGUCAGUGGAGUGGUGCAGAGGUGAAGCUGAGGGUGACGGAGGUUCUGUACAGCUGGACUCUGUGGCUCAAAGAAGAACCCAAGAUUCAGGAGGCCUACCGCAUGCUUAAGAAACAAGGUCCGUUACAACACCUUAGAACCGCUACUCAGAACCGUUAUACCAUAGCACCUUAGAACCAGGAGGCCUAUCACUCAGGAAACAAGGUCUGUUACUGCUCAGAACCGAUAUACCUUAGAACCAUAGCACCUUAGAACCAGGAGGCCUAUCACUCAGGAAACAAGGUCUGUUACUGCUCAGAACCGUUAUACCUUAGAACCCUAGCACCUUAGAACCAGGAGGCCUAUCACUCAGGAAACAAGGUCUGUUACUGCUCAGAACCGUUAUACCUUAGAACCCUAGCACCUUAGAACCAGGAGGCCUAUCACUCAGGAAACAAGGUCUGUUACUGCUCAGAACCAUUAUACCUUAGAACCCUAGCACAUUAGAACUGUUACAGCUUAGAACCAGGAGGCCUAGCGCAUGCUUAAAAAACAAGGUCCAUUACGAUACAGAACCGUUUACGACCCAUGGGCCCUGGUCAAAGGUAGUGCCCUGUAAAGGGAGUAGGGUGGUGUUUGGGAAGCAGCCACUCAGUGUCUCUCUGUGUCUGUUCCUCAGGCCUUGUGAAGAAGGACCCUCAACUCCCAGACACCAUUGUGAUGCCUCCUCCCUCACAGAGAGCUGAGGACUCAGUGUUCAACCAGGAGGACAAGGCCAAGGUGUGUGUUUGUCUGUGUGUGGCUGAAGAAAGCCUUUUUUAGUUGAUCUCGUCUUCUCUCUGUUAAUGUGUGUGUCUGUGUGUGUCUGUGUGUGUCUGUGUGUGUGUGUGUGUGUGUGUGUGUGUGUGUGUGUGUUUACAGUUGUUAGCCAGACUCCUGAAAAGCAGUAGUCCUGAAGAUCUGCAGACAGCCAACAGACUGAUCAAGAACACCAUCAAAGAAGUGAGACCACGUGUGUGUGUGUGUGAGAGAGUGUGUGAGUGUGUGUGUGUGUGUGGUGUGUGUGUGUGUGAGAGAGAGUGUGUGCGUGUGUGUGUGUGUGCAUGUUGGUUGACUGCUGCAUUACUGUCUGUCUGUAGGAGCAGCAGAAAGCAGAGCGUGUAUCUAGACGUGUCUCUACCCUGGAGGAGGUCGCUAGCAGAACCAGACAGCUGAGAGAGUUACUACAACAACACCGUCACACUGGGCCCUCCACUCACCUCACUGACCAGCUGGAGGUAUGGGACUGGGCUGUUUCUCUCUCUGUACACACACUGGGCCCUCCACUCACCACACUGACCAGCUGAAGGUAUGGGACUGGGCUGUUUCUCUCUCUGUACACACACUGGGCCCUCCACUCACCACACUGACCAGCUGAAGGUAUGGGACUGGGCUGUUUCUCUCUCUGUACACACACUGGGCCCUCCCCUCACCUCACUGACCAGCUGAAGGUAUGGGACUGGGCUGUUUCUCUCUCUGUACACACACUGGGCCCUCCACUCACCACACUGACCAGCUGAAGGUAUGGGACUGGGCUGUUUCUCUCUCUGUACACACACUGGCCCCUCCACUCACCUCACUGACCAGCUGAAGGUAUGGGACUGGGCUGUUUCUCUCUCUGUACUGUACACACACUGGGCCCUCCACUCACCUCACUGACCAGCUGAAGGUAUGGGGCUGGGCUGUUUCUCUCUCUGUACUGUACACACACUGGGCCCUCCACUCACCUCACUGACCAGCUGAAGGUAUGGGACUGGGCUGUUUCUCUCUCUGUACACACACUGGGCCCUCCACUCACCUCACUGACCAGCUGGAGGUAUGGGACUGGGCUCUUUCUCUCUCUGUACUGUACACACACUGGGCCCUCCACUCACCUCACUGACCAGCUGGAGGUAUGGGACUGGGCUGUUUCUCUCUCUGUACUGUACACACACUGGGCCCUCCACUCACCUCACUGACCAGCUGGAGGUAUGGGACUGGGCUCUUUCUCUCUCUGUACUGUACACACACUGGGCCCUCCACUCACCUCACUGACCAGCUGAAGGUAUGGGACUGGGCUGUUUCUCUCUCUGUACACACACUGGGCCCUCCACUCACCUCACUGACCAGCUGAAGGUAUGGGACUGGGCUGUUUCUCUCUCUGUACUGUACACACACUGGGCCCUCCACUCACCUCACUGACCAGCUGAAGGUAUGGGACUGGGCUGUUUCUCUCUCUGUACACACACUGUACUGACACAUGACUGUGUAUCCUGUCCUUCCCGUAGGCCGUCUACGAGCGCUGUGAUAGGCUCAGACCCAACCUGUUCCGAUUGGCCAGUGACACCGUCGACGAUGACGAAGCUUUAGGUAAUUUAUCUACAUUGACCUUUCAGUCAUUAUGUAUCCAGAUGUACGUUGAUCAUUUAGUCUGUAUGUAUCCAGAUGUACGUUGAUCAUUUAGUCUGUAUGGAUCCAGAUGUACGUUGAUCAUUUAGUCUGUAUGGAUCCAGAUGUACAUUGAUAAUUUAGUCUGUAUGUAUCCAGAUGUACAUUGAUAAUUUAGUCUGUAUGUAUCCAGAUGUACAUUGAUCAUUUAGUCUGUAUGGAUCCAGAUGUACAUUGAUCAUUUAGUCUGUAUGGAUCCAGAUGUACAUUGAUCAUUUAGUCUGUAUGGAUCCAGAUGUACAUUGAUCAUUUAGUCUGUAUGGAUCCAGAUCUACGUUGAUCAUUUAGUCUGUAUGGAUCCAGAUGUACGUUGAUCAUUUAGUCUGUAUGGAUCCAGAUGUACGUUGAUCAUUUAGUCUGUAUGUAUCCAGAUGUACAUUGAUCAUUUAGUCUGUAUGGAUCCAGAUGUACAUUGAUCAUUUAGUCUGUAUGGAUCCAGAUGUACAUUGAUCAUUUAGUCUGUAUGGAUCCAGAUCUACGUUGAUCAUUUAGUCUGUAUGGAUCCAGAUGUACGUUGAUCAUUUAGUCUGUAUGUAUCCAGAUGUACGUUGAUCAUUUAGUCUGUAUGUAUCCAGAUGUACAUUGAUCAUUUAGUCUGUAUGUAUCCAGAUGUACAUUGAUCAUUUAGUCUGUAUGUAUCCAGAUGUACAUUGAUCAUUUAGUCUGUAUGUAUCCAGAUGUACAUUGAUCAUUUAGUCUGUAUGGAUCCAGAUGUACAUUGAUCAUUUAGUCUGUAUGUAUCCAGAUGUACAUUGAUCAUUUAGUCUGUAUGGAUCCAGAUCUACGUUGAUAAUUUAGUAUUUUUGUAUCCAGAUCAUCUGGGAUCUAUUCACACAACUAAACGUGUCAUAUUGGCAAAUAUAAUUCCUCAGUAAAACUCUCUGAAAGUACGCUGAAUCAAUUAUAACCAUUACUAUUCUGAAUGCUUGAGCUUUCUGUCUUAUCUUUCAUCAAUCAAUUGAUCAAAUCUAUUUUAUAAAGCCCUUUCUACAUCAGCAGUUGUCACAAAGUGCUUUACAGAUACCCAGCCUAAAACCCCAAACAGCAAGCAAUGCCGAGGCAGAAGCACAGUUGCAAGGAAAAACUCCCUAGAAAGGCAGGAACCUAGGAAGAAACCUAGAGAGGAACCAGGCUCUGGUGGGUGUCCAGUCUUCUUCUGGCUGUACCGGGUAGAGAGGAACCAGGCUCUGGGGGGUGGCCAGUCCUCUUCUGGCUGUACCGGGUAGAGAGGAACCAGGCUCUGGGGGUGGCCAAUCCUCUUCUGACUGUACCGGGUAGAGAGGAACCAGGCUCUGGGGGGUGUCCAAUCCUCUUCUGACUGUACCGGGUAGAGAGGAACCAGGCUCUGGGGGGUGGCCAGUCCUCUUCUGACUGUAACGGGUAGAGAGGAACCAGGCUCUGGGGGGUGUCCAAUCCUCUUCUGACUGUACCGGGUAGAGAGGAACCAGGCUCUGGGGGGUGGCCAGUCCUCUUCUGACUGUAACGGGUAGAGAGGAACCAGGCUCUGGGGGGUGUCCAAUCCUCUUCUGACUGUACCGGGUAGAGAGGAACCAGGCUCUGGGGGGUGGCCAAUCCUCUUCUGACUGUACCGGGUAGAGAGGAAACCAGCUCUGGGGGUUGCCAAUCCUCUUCUGACUGUAACGGGUAGAGAGGAACCAGGCCUCUGGGGGGUGGCCAGUCCCCCUUCUGACUGUAAACCCGGGUAGAAGAGUGAACCAGGCUCUGGGGGUGGCCAGUCCUCUUCUUGACGUACCGGGUAGAGAGGAACCAGGCUCUGGGGGGGUUGGCCAAUCCUCUUCUGACUGUAACCGGGUAGAGAGGAACCAGGCUCUGGGGGGGGUGGCCAAGCCUCUUCUGACUGUACCGGGUAGAGAGGAACCAGGCUCUGGGGGGUGGCCAGUCCUCUUCUGACUGUACCAGCUGGAGAUUUAAUCUGUUCUAGUCCUCUUCACGUCAUAUCAAGUACCUCUAAAUGUACUAUUUAGUUCUUGUCAUUUAUGUUAGAAGCAGUUUCCCAGAUCCAUAAUUAACUAUUUAUGUGUCUAAUCUGUUCCCUCCAUUCUAUCUCAGAUCUCUUUCAUAAUAAAAAUGUAAUGUUGUAUUGUCACAUCCACCGGAUAGGUGCAGUGUAAUGUGUUGUUUUACAGGGUCAGCCAUAGUAGUAUGAUAGGUGCAGUGAAAUGUGUUGUUUUACAGGGUCAGCCAUAGUAGUAUGAUAGGUGCAGUGUAAUGUGUUGUUUUACAGGGUCAGCCAUAGUAGUAUGAUAGGUGCAGUGUAAUGUGUUGUUUUACAGGGUCAGCCAUAGUGGUACUGCACCCCUGGAGUAAAUUGGGGUUAAGUGCCUUGCUCAAGGGCACAUUGACAGAUCGUUCACCUUUUCAACUCGGGUAUUUGAACCAGCGACCUUUCAGUUACUGACCCAACGCUCUAACUGCUAGCUAGGACUGCUAGGCUACCUGCCAUCCUAUUUAUUGUCCUUCAUGUUCUGUUCAUUCUAGUCCUUCAUGUUCUGUUCAUUCUAGUCCUUCAUGUUCUGUUCAUUCUUGUCCUUCAUGUUCUGUUCAGUCUAGUCAUUCAUGUUGUGUUCCUUCCAUUCCAGCUCAGAUCCUGCAGGCCAAUGAUGAGCUGACCCUGGUGGUCAACAUGUAUAAAGAGAUGAUGGGGGGGAGGAGAGAGAGCAACCGGAUGAGAGGAGGAGGAGGAGGAAGAGGGGAGAGCUCCAUAAACAACGGUACAUCUGCCUAGCUCCUCUCUACACCACUCUUUCAUUGUUGUUCUGUCUGUGAAGGUAUAAUGUCAGUGUGUGUUGUCUUGUGUUUGUUCCUCCCCCUACAAUGUUUUUAAUUUGUGUUUGUUCUGUGUUUGAACCUUGUGUUUGUUCUGUGUUCUAGUGGUGUUUCAGUCUGAAUGUCUCUGUGUUGUCAUGUCAGUGGAGUGUUGUCUAUAUCCCUAGGACAGAGUACCUUCUGUGUGUUCUAGUGGUGUUUCAGUCUGAAUGUCUCUGUGUUGUCAUGUCAGUGGAGUGUUGUCUAUAUCCCUAGGACAGAGUACCUUCUGUGUGUUCUAGUGGUGUUUCAGUCUGAAUGUCUCUGUGUUGUCAUGUCAGUGGAGUGUUGUCUAUAUCCCUAGGACAGAGUAGCUUGUAGUUUGACUUCAGAGAGGAUGUGUUGUUUCAGAGUGAAUGUCAGUGGUAGUAUUUUCCUAUUGUCUCCAUCCCCAGGUCCCAGCAGCCCCAGAGAGAUAAAGAGUUACCAUCUAAUAGACCUGUCAGCCCUGGACUCUCCACAGACACCUUCUAAAGACAUGGCUUCCUCCUUCCUGUCCUAUGAGACCUCUUCUCCCUCCUCCUCUCCUCUCUCCCGUCAGCGGCUCAACAGUGCUCUCCUGUCUCUAGUGGAUCUGGACGUCACAGGUUUGUACAGGUUCUCUUUCUUAAGAACGUCCCUUUCAUGUGGAUGUUUCCGGUGUGAUGUCUUCAUGAUCCGGAUUUGUUAUCGUUUUAAACAGUAUUCCCUUCCCUUAGUGUUUGUGUAGAUGUGUUGAUGAUGUGGUUCUGUUUAUAACGUUAACAUGGAUAAAUGUGUUCUUUAUUCAGGGCUGGAUAAACCAGCGUCGUCUCAAAGGCAGAGCAGCACAUACUACGAUGAACUAGUCCAGGUACCAGUUACCUUUCCAUGCGUCCCAAAUGACACCCUAUUCCCUACGUAGUGCACUAUGUUUGACCAGGACCCAACGGGUCACAACAACGCCAAGAUCAAUCAUAUUUACACUGAUUUGUUCCUCUUCAACAUAAAUACCUAUUCUCUAUCCCCUUUAUUUCAGAUGAGAGGAGGAGAGGAGAACACAGGGAGAGACCAUUCCCUAACCACGGGGGUGUGUGGAGGGAGAGACCAUUCCCUAACCACGGGGGUGUGUGGAGGGAGAGACCUCUCACUGGCGGCCCGGGGUUGUGGCAGUGGCUCGUCAAAUGGGACUGACUGGUGAGGGAUGGAUGGAUGGAUGGAUGGAUGGAUGGAUGGAGAAAGAGAGAGACAGAGAUACCUUGAUGAUUCAAUAUUUUCUUCUUCCUGUCAGGGCGGUCCUUCAGAAUUGGCCAAUUGUGAUGUCAGGAUCACCGUCAAACUCACAGAGUCAGCCAAUGACAGAGUCAGGAUCUCCAGUGAAAUCAGAGAGUUUGAAUCUCCCAGAAUCCUUAUCAGAGAUCCACGUCCCUCUGGAGUCCAUUAAACCAAGUAAGUCUGCAUCCCAAAAUGGCACCCUAUUCCCUAUAGAGUGCACUGCUUUUAACCACAAAAUGGCACCCUAUUCCCUAUAGAGUGCACUGCUUUUAACCACAAAAUGGCACCCUAUUCCCUAUAGAGUGCACUGCUUUUAACCAGGGCCAACAGGGAAAAGGAUGCCAUUUGGGGAACAGCCCUAGUUUUUCUAAAGAUAUUUUAAACACAGUAAUACACAGAAUAGGUCUGGCGUCCCAAAUUGCAUCCUAAUUCCUUUAUAGUGCACUUCUUUUGACCAGAGCCCUAUGGGGGCACUAUAAAGGGUGCCAUUUGGGAUGCAGACUAGGAGUUACGGUGUUGUCACUGCAGUUGUCUGUAGUCAUUCAUGUUAAUGGAUACUUCUGGUCUUUUCUAUUUCAAGUCAUCCGUUCUAUGUUGGCACGCCUGAGGUUUUCAUUUCCUGAAUGUCUCUUGAUAGGUCGAUUGGAGCCAAUCACAGUGUACGACCAGAAUGGCGUCCAUGUUUCCCUCCAUUUCGCUAAAGACCCGCCCCCGGGAUACCCUAACGUUGCCGUGGUUGUCGUCUCCACGGUGAAUACCUCAGCACUUCCUGUUAAAGGCAUCCUGUUUCAGGCUGCCGUUCCCAAGGUAACAGACAAAUGCCCAAACAUGGACAAGAUUAAACUCCUACAUUAAACUCCUUCAAAUGCUUGAAGGCUUUAAUUUGAAACAAUUUCUCUCCUUGUCUCAUGAAUCCUUCAUUUCCAUCAAUGACUGGUUGACUGAAUGACUGAUUGAUGGACUAUUUGAUGGACUGAUUGAUUCAUUGAUUGAUUGAUCUUACUAAAUGACUGUCUGGCUGGCUGACUGAAUGACUGGCUGGCUGACUGAAUGACUGUCUGGCUGACUGAAUGACUGUCUGGCUGACUGAAUGACUGUCUGGCUGACUGAAUGACUGGCUAGCUGACUGAAUGACUGGUGGUCUGUCUGGCUAGCUGGUUGAUUUCCCUGUAUUUCCUCCAGACCAUGACAGUGAAGCUCCAGCCGUCUUCGGGGAAGGAGCUCCCCCCCUACAACCCUACGCUGCCCCCUGCUGCCCUCUCGCAGAUACUGCUCCUCUCCAACCCACACAGGGUGAGUCGACACCUCCACCUGACACCCUGGAUACACAGAGAUCGUUUUGUUAUCAUCAGACCUGUGACUUGGCCGGGAUUCAUUCAUAGGCGCAUCAUCAACAAGUGAACUUCACUGUCAACAAUGUGGCUUUUAAAGGCAAUCUCCCUGACAUUCAUGGAGAUCGCAUUCAGGGUAAAAGCUGCAGAUGCCAUCUCAAGGGUAUAUUAACUUUGAAAGUCAAGUGCAGUGUGCGCUUGUUGACAAUGUGCCUUUGAUGGAAUUGUGAUGGUUUGUGUGUUAUCUCUCUCCCAGCGUAAGGUGUGUUUUGAUAUAAUUGUGAUGGUUUGUGUGUUAUCUCUCUCCCAGCGUAAGGUGUGUUUUGAUAUAAUUGUGAUGGUUUGUGUGUUAUCUCUCUCCCAGCGUAAGGUGUGUUUGAUAUAAUUGUGAUGGUUUGUGUGUUAUCUCUCUCCCAGCGUAAGGUGUGUUUUGAUAUAAUUGUGAUGGUUUGUGUGUUAUCUCUCUCCCAGCGUAAGGUGUGUUUUGAUAUAAUUGUGAUGGUUUGUGUGUUAUCUCUCUCCCAGCGUAAGGUGUGUUUUGAUAUAAUUGUGAUGGUUUGUGUGUUAUCUCUCUCCCAGCGUAAGGUGUGUUUUGAUAUAAUUGUGAUGGUUUGUGUGUUAUCUCUCUCCCAGCGUAAGGUGCGUCUGCGCUACAAGCUGACCCUGGUCCACGGUGAUGGAGAGCAGAGCCUCAGUGAGAUGGGAGAGGUGGAGGACUUCCCUAACUGGGUCUCGUGGAUGGGUCUCUGAUCUGAGAGAACCCUGCAUGGAAUUCUAGGACCUGACAGAGAGAGAGAGAGACAUUCUAGAACCUGACAGAGAGAAAGAGACAUUCUAGAACCUGACACAUAAAUAUUCUGGUACCUGAUAGAGAAAGGUUCUGGAGCAGAAUGUAGAACCCUCUGCGAUCGCUGCCUUGACCACCAUGAUGUCAUGUAGUUGGUCAUGUAAUCUGUGAUAUCUGAGCUGCGUGUGUAUUUACUUCUGAUAUGACAUCAUCCUCUGAGGUUGUUUAUUUAGGAUUUGAAGUAGGCUCUGAGACCAGUCUAGUGUUAGGUGUGGGUGUGUUCCUGUGUUUGUCUGAUUGACCCGGCUUUGCCAACUCCAUGCCAAAUGACCCACCUGGGUUACGUUUCUCUACAUUUUUCUAACAAACUAGACCAGGUGAACCAGGUGCCUCUGCUACUGACCUGUUCCCCUGACUCCUGUGUGAGCUGCUUGUUG